GGUGACUGCCUGCAGCCGCCGAGGUUUGCCUUUGCGGAGCCCCCCACGCCCCUGGAGAAGUCCUACGCCGUGGGGACCACGCUGCUAUACAGGUGCCGCUCGGGGUACACGAGGGCCGAGGGCAAGUCCGCCAAGGUCACCUGCGGCGUCGACUCCCUCUGGUCGGCAGACCCCGACUUCUGCAUCGGGGGGUCUUGUGGUCCUCCGGACAUCAUGAAUGGCAACUUUAACUAUACAACCAACCUCCUGUUCGGGGCGACGAUAACCUACACCUGUAACGUUGGGUACCGGUUACAUGGGCAGCCAUCUGCACAAUGUGUAUUUAAAGACAAUGAAGUUUAUUGGGAUGCCAUUCCACACUGUGCCAUUAUCCUCUGUUUACCACCUCCUGUGAUCGAGAAUGGGCAGCUCAUCAAUGGGGACACAGACUUCACCUUUGGCAUGGUUGCAACUUACAGCUGUAAGAAAGGUUUUGCUCUUAUCGGAGAUGCCACGAUUCACUGUGAUAGCGAUGAUAACCUCAAUGGAGUAUGGAGCAGUCCAGCCCCUGAAUGCAAAGUGGUCAGGUGUAAAAAUCCAGAAGUGAAAAAUGGGAGAAGGUUAUCUGGCUUUGGCCCUGAGCACACAUAUAAAAAUACAGUGACCUUUGAGUGUAAUCCUGGUCAUUUAUUGAAUGGUAGUGAUCUAGUUACUUGUGAAGCAGACAAUACCUGGAAGCCACCUCUGCCAACAUGUGACCCAAGACAGCAAUGUACUCCUCCCACGAUAGACAACGGGGAUGUGAUUGCAGACAAUUUCCUGUUUGAGACAGUUGUGACAUUCACCUGUCAUCCUGGGCCACCUACAAUUGACAACGGGAUGCACAAUGGCACAAAGGGCAUAGACUUUGUUCAUGGCUCCACCGUAGCUUAUGAAUGCAAUGAUGGCUUCACGCUUGUUGGAGGGGCCUUUCUUCAGUGUGGAGCGAACGUGAUCAUUGUUGGAGCUGCAGUCUGUGCCGGGGACCAGAGCAUGGUGCUCAUCUUCGCCCUCCGCCUCCUGGGCAGCUCCGCUUUGCUCCUGGCCACCGCAUCUGGGGCUCGAGCUACCCAUUGCCCGUUCCCACACAUCCAGUAUGGGAAGAGAGUAUCCGUUGCUCGCAAUUUCUACAGGACCGGGGACACC